AGCAUAUAGUUACCAUGGUGAUGGAAGCUCGCUGAUCCAAGGAGUUCCACAAUAAUACUGCUAGCUACUUGGGGAAGUUUUCUGCUUACUUCUAGCAAGCUAGCUAGCUUUUUAAUUUUCUAGUAGAUCUACCGUGUCUCACUUUUGAGAGUGAAACGACUAUCUUUCUUUCCAGCAUUUUUUUAUUGCCAAGUUAUAUAACAUUUCCAGGAGUCCGCCCAUCGCGAAAAGAAGACAGCCAGAUUGUAGGUGCUCAGGUUAGGUCUCACUGCUGGUCACGUAGCCCAAACAUCUGCUUCGACAUAAGGAAAUAUGACUGUGCUUGCUGCUGGUUAAUGGAUACCUGAGACAGAAAAGUUCUGAAGACGUCUCCCCCUCUGAAGGGCCUGAGUGGAGGGACAGGAGUUGGGUCGUGUUCUUGAGGUGAGCCUUAGUAGACCAGGCAACCAUAACAAGAUGGUGAAAAAAAACACAGGACACUCACGACGGUCGUCCAUAUCCAAGACAGCUGGUGGUUCCCAGAUAUCCAGCCUCAAAGACCUGAGCCUGCUGGAUGGAUCUGGCCUUGGGCAGGAGGAGACCCCAGAGCUGCCUCCAGAACCCCCCACACCUGACGAGAGCCACUUGGGUUUCCCAGACCCUGUCUAUCUGCUGGCGGCAGUCAUCUUUCAGAACACUCACCUGGAGAAGCCUGCUGCCCACCGAUUAGUCAGUUAUGGCAAGCGGGCGGGGCUGCCCCUGCCUGAGGCCAAGGAUGAGGCGUACCAACGCAGCUCGUAUGAGCUGGCCUUCAACACACUCAAAUACCAAGAGCUCCUGGAGGACAUCAUGAUUGACAGCUGCUUUUACCUCUCUCAGCCAAUGCCUGAUGACCAGAUGAGUCUGGUGGUGGUGAUGCUUUACGACUUCCAGGACAGGAAGUUCCUCCCUCGGGAAUGCCAGGGGGAGGAGCUCGUACAGGAAGUCAGGGAGGUGGAGAACUGCCUCCUCAGGUUUAAGACCAAGCUGGCAGCCUCCUUGGCUCGCAGUAGGAUCAAACAUGACCUUCUGACCAUCGACUGCAUCCUCCCCGAGGCUGUGAGGAAGAAACAGGAGAGAGCCAACAGGCUGCUCCUCUACGCAUGGGUCAACACAUUCAAGAGCAGCCUUGAAGAGGUGUGCGGCGUCCUGAAGCGAGGGGGAUUCUCUCAGGUGAAUUCAGUCGGGCAGUUGGAAGGGCAGUCCUUCUGUCAGGACCCCCACUGUGUGGACGUGUUGGUGUUCCCCCCCCAGCUCAAAGCUGACCUGUACCGCACCAAGCUGCUCAGCGACAACAAGCUCAUCAUACAGGAUAAGUGGUGUAGCGUCGGUCCCUGUGUGGUGCGCUCUCUGUUGCUCCCAGACGGGGACGUCCUGAUGGCUGGCUCCUCCUCUGGCCUUACCAUGUCACACACCGCCUCCCUGGUCACCCACGGCAACGCCCAUGGCAGCAGCCAGUCGAAAGUGUUUGUCUGUGUUGGCGACCGCCCACCCGCCCAGAGGGAGGAGCUACAGGAGGUCCUUGCCAAUAUGGCCUGCAAGAACGUGAAGCUGAUCCCUAUGAGUUUCCUGUCUCUGGACCCAUGUGACCUGAGACUCCAGCGGGUCCGGGUCAUCCUGCUGACCCCCCAGUGCUCCGUGUCUGCAGUCAGCAACCCUGUUGAGUUCAUACUGCAGGAGAACGGAGACACAGACCUGCUCCAGGACCUGUCCCAGGGUUCCAUAGCCCAGACCAAGCUGGACACACUGGUGGCCCAGCAGAAGAGAGACAUCAUCCAUGCCCUGAAGUUCCCCAAGGUGCAGGUGGUGGUGUACUCUACCUGCUCCUUGUACCCUGAGGAGAAUGAAGAGGUGGUGAGGGGAGCUCUGGAACAGGCUGGGCCUACUGAGGGACCCAAACUACAAGCCUUCAGGCCGAGCUCUUCCUUACCCACAUCUCUGGGCCGAGCUGAGGAGAGAGCAGGGUGUCCGUUCUUCAGACUGGAUCCUUCAGACGAAACUAACGGCUGUUUCCUAGCUGUACUCACCAGAGAGCCCGACCUGGAAGAGAUCGAGUCUGCACAGGAAGUGCUUGCCAGGGCAGCAGCCACGGGCCUAUUGGAUGGGAUCGAUUCCAACAAUCCAACCAGGAAGGAGAGGCGUGGCCGACAGACCCACCAGGCACCAAUCAAUCACGCCCGCUCAGCUCAUACACGCCCACACGCCACCGCCAGCAGCCAAUCCAGAGUCAUGGAGUUCCUUAACCGUGAGACCAAGGGUAGUAGCUCCGCCACUACGGUGGGGUCGACCGAUGGAGGUCUGUCGCAACGAGGUAAAGCCAAGCCUGCUCGCCGACGCCCUCCCAAGCCCUCCCUCUCCAACAGUACCUCCUACACCUCCCCUUACUCCGCCCCUAACCCCGCCUCCAGCCUCUCCAGGAAGAAUCAGACCUGCCUCAUCAACACUGCAGCCGCAUACAACAACCGCCACUCGCCUACCGCCACAGACCCCAACCCCCCUGCUGCCCCUCUCACCACAGCCCCCUUCACCCCACUGGUCCACCCUGGCCCCCUAAGGGACGUCAGGAGGUGCUGCGCCCGUGGCCCUCACCCUGCCCCCGGUCCUGUUCCCUGGGUACUCCCCCGGCCAGACAGAUACGGAACCUCCCUCCGCCCCCAGAGGUCCAACCCCACCCUGCCUUACUACCAGUGGAAGACCUCACCCCCCCAGGUGCCCCUGAUCAAGUCCUCUGGUAGUGUCAACGAAAAGCCUGUCGUCAAACACCCUCGCCCCUGGCUCUGACACGGCACACAGGACAAUACUUCAGGCAAAUACACCCUCAAAUACUGAAGACAAAAAACACACUACCAUACACUGAAAUAUAGAAUACAUGUUACACACACACAUACAUAUAUAUAUAUACACACAUACACAUAUAAAUACACACACACAUACAUAUAUA